AUGCCUCAGUGGGCCACGAGCGAAGGUGGCGGAUCUGAGGCUGCUUCUCCUGACCAGAAACUGAUGUACUGUGAAGAUGAUGCCUCCGAGUAUUACGACAAACAAGGAGAGAUUGACAUUAAAAUAGAACAAGCUGGAGAUUUCUAUGACAGCAGUAGUGAUGAUGUACCGAGGAGAGUCUGCCGGCCACGGCGGACGGCUGCAAGCUCAUCAUCUUCAGGCACAACGAGUGGUUCCAGCGGACCUGGCAGGCGACGCAGAUGUGGUACAUCAGCUCGAGAACGUAAUCUUCGAAGAUUGGAGAGCAACGAACGGGAACGCAUGCGAAUGCAUUCAUUAAAUCGCGCGUUCGAAGAUCUCCGUCGAGUUAUUCCUCAUGUAAAGAAAGAUAAAAGGAGUCUUUCGAAGAUAGAAACCCUUACACUUGCCAAAAAUUAUGUGAAAGCUCUCACCAACGCCAUUUGUACAAUGCGGGGGGAAAUUCCACGAUACCAAUUCAACAGUGAUGAUGAAAACGUAGAACCUGUGUUUGUGCUCAGCCGGGAACAAGAACAGAACAACAAUAUGCCCGAAGACGAUUCACUUGUACCGGACGAAUGUCUCUGA